UUCCCGUGUGUGGAGUAAUACAACGUUGACACCAGAAAUUUGUUCAUUUUUGUCGCAGUUUGCCAUUUAUACAUCUAAUUAAUCGUAUCUGUGUUCCACUAAAGCAUCAAGCUUAGCCGUAGGAUAUUAUGUCUAUAACAGAAUUUCUCAAAGACCUACCCUGCCACAAUGAGGAAAACUUUUCGUUGUUUAACACUGAGAAUGGCGUGAAGACGUCCUCAAAGCGGCCGUCGGUGUACAUCCAGACCGCCGAAAUUCCCUCUGAACAGGUGAUAGUUACCGAGAAAAAGAACAUUUUGCUUCGCUAUCUGCACCAACAAUGGGAUAAAAAGAAUGCACCAAAAAAGCGCGACCAUGGUAGCGAACCAUCCAGCGAUGCCCUCAGAAAGCGACCAAGACUGGAAAACCGUGAAAACAAUAACACGUAAAACGGUAGUUCAUUCCUUGCAAAUUAAGAAGUGCAGCGCAAACAUUAAAUUGAAACCAAUGCACAUCCCAUCUUGAACAGCAAUCACAUCCCAAAUUGUUUUCUCGUCUGUUUGAUCGGUCAAGAUUUUUGGUUUAAGUUGAACGAACUAAUAGACGUUGUACGAACCCUCUCGUGGUAUCAAUACAAAUCUAUUGACGUAGGAAUAAAGGAAGAUGAGAUGCUCAUUGGUGUGCAGUUUCCGGAAACUACAUUAUAGUACUUUCGUUUUUGCAGUUGUUUUUGAACUUGGUGUAAAUUUGUGCUCAGUUUAUUUUGUUCAUUUUCUCCGGUAUUCUAUUUCUAUUUGCUAAGGCGCAGGGGUAAAUAUGCGAAAGAAAUUUACUGACAUUAUCGCGAACAUUUCCGAUGGAAGACUUCCGUUAUCGACUAUUGUAAUAUGCCGAAUGCGAAACGUAUCCCGGUAAAUCUCGUCUUUUGCUUGAUUUGAAACUAUGUACAUGCUAUUAACACUCACUGACGGUAGCAUUUCGAUACAAUUAGGAAAUAUAUU